AGAGAAAGUGUGUGAGGAAGAGUGUGUGACUGAGAGAAUGUAAGGAGAUGAGAGUUAACAUUUGAGUGGAGCACAUGAUGUGUUUGACUCAUGUGGCCACAUGGAUUCACAGUGUUGUACAGCGACAGAAACAAACCGAGCAUAUCUGGAUGAUUGAUCCAAGAAGAUUCUGGAUUGGACCAUUUCAGCAGACAGGUUGGACUGGACCAUUUAGCAGCUAUUUCCCAGUAGAUUUCACUCGACUGACAACUGCAACAUAAACAUCCAGGACUUACAGGAUCUACAAGUUUUAGUACUGGAGAGGAUAACUUCAGUGCACAGUACUGAGUCUGGAUAUUUGUGAUUGAUGAGUCAUUGUGAUCUCUCAGCAGAAAGGUGAGUGUGCGUGUCUGCCUGGCCAGCUUGAGCUCUUACAGAAGAUCUCAGAGGGUGAUUUCCUCUGUGUUUGUUAUGCUUUACGUCUUUGAAAUGCUCUGAUUCAUCAACACAGAAAUAGAGCAUCAGAAAGUCCCCACCAAGUCUGUAAAAAGAAGGGUCCCCAACCCUGUAGGAAUGGGGACAGAAUAAUGCACCCUAAACCCAGAGCCCAUCCACGCACACAAGGCACCAACAGCACCUUAAAACACCUGAGCGUCUGGAUAAACUGCAACACAUUCAUCAAGAACAGGGGAAGUUACAAGACGCUGGAAUAAAAAAGACUUGACAGGUUGGAUUUGAUCUUUGGAUGUCAUGAUCUUUUACACCAGGAGGGCUCUUACUUCUUGGUUUGUGGGACUGGCUUGGACUUGGGCUAAACCUUUGAACUGUUUGAACUUUAUAUCAUCCUCAGUUGUGCUACCACUGGACAUCCAGAAGGUCCUGACGGCUUUACCCCUUGGACUAUAGAGCCUCUUUCCUGCUGAAUAAAAAAACCUACUAACACCCGCUCACAUAUGGCUUUUGUAUCUAAAUGGGAAAGGUUACCAUCGGCAUUCCCAAAUGACUCUUCGAUCAGCAAUAAUGGGAAUACGACCCCCAGGUGGAAGCUCUAAUCUUUGCCCCUGUUUUGGCAAGAUUCAGUGACGGGCUAUCACAAAAUACAGUCCGUCUCCACCCCAGCAGCGCUCGAACAUCGAUCCAAAUUUAGUCGGCACCAAGUUUGAAAGAGAGACUGAAUAUGUGUGGAAUUUUCACUGGCGUCAAUACUGCUUUCUGGAGUUUUCCAAACCUGUUUUCCAGCCUGCCUGUGAUGUCGAUGCACCUGUAAAAAGAAACAGAAAGAAACACACAGUGUACACGGCUCUAGUCUACUAAUUUUGUUGGCAAAGGGGUGUUUAAUAUUUAUCUCUCCUACACUCUCCCAGUUAUGGAUACACAGGGUGGUCCAUACCUCAACAAGAGGGCCCUCUGCUCACCUCUGGGUGCUGCCCGCCUUUGUCAGCUGGCCAUGGGCUGUGCUGUGAUUGCGAUGGUGACCCACAGUGCCGGCUACAGCGGUUCACAAGGCGUGUUCUGUAUGGCAGCCUGGUGCUUCUGCUUCACCAUGACGGUUGUGGUGUUCUUCCUGGACGCCGCUCGUCUCCACAGCUGCCUGAGGAUAUCCUGGGACAACCUCACCGUCACAUGUGCUGCCUUCGCAACGCUCAUGUACGUGACCGCCUCUGUGGUCUACCCGCUCUUCUUCGUCCGAUCUGAGUGCCCCUAUGCCGGUUGCGAUGUCCGAAACUUCCGCAUCGCUGUGACUGUCUGCUCCAUCCUGGGUACUCUGGCCUACGGGGCUGAGGUGGCCUUGUGCCGAGCCAGGCCAGGCCAAGUUGUGGUGGGCUACAUGUCCACUGUCUCUGGUCUCCUCAAAGUCGUUCAGGGCUUUGUGGCCUGCAUCAUCUUUGGAGCUCUGGCCAAUGGGAGCGAGUAUAACCAUUAUGCCGCCACAAUAUUCUGCGUUGCCGUCUACGCUUUCUGCUUUGCUGUGACUGCAGUGGUGGUCUUCAUAACUGUGUGCGGACGUACAAAGGCUGUGCGCUGCAUGCCCUUUGACCGCUUUGUGGUGGUGUGCACCCUCCUGGAAGUUCUGCUCUACCUGAGUGCAUCAGUGGUGUGGCCAGUGUUCUGCUUUGACACAAAAUACGGCUCUCCAUGGAGACCGUCAUCGUGCCCUCAGGGGAAGUGUCCAUGGGACAGCAAGGUUGUGGUGACGGUGUUCUCCUUUGUCAACUUUGGACUGUAUUUGGCAGACCUGAUUUACUCCCAGAGGCUACAAUUUGUCUCCUCGCGUGUGCCCACUAACUCACGAGUGUAGCAGCAUAUAGAAGCAUAUUAUUAUUAUAAUGGCUUAACAGGUUUAAGUUAUUAAUCUACUUCACUGUUCAUGAUUUUGUUCAUGCAUUUAUUUGAUAUUUAAAGUGACAGGAAACACUGAUGUGGAGAGAUGGUUGUGAGUCAGAUAUCCCAGGUGCCCAGGCACCCCAAAUUCAAUGUGAAAGCACUGUGGAAUGUGAACAAUUUUAACACUCUGUCCCCUCUGCCACACCCCACUGAGGUGACACCCCAUCUCUUUAACUCACCCUUUCUGCCCUCUGAUAGAUUUUGGGAGAACAGCCAGCCUCACCCAAGCAGCCAGGGCCCACUGGUAUGUCCUGCCAAUUCCUGAUAAACCAAGACACUCACACUAUUCUUGACCUACAGCACAACACACACACACACAGACACACACACACUCACAUACUCACUGCUUAUAUUGCUGCUCAAAUAAUACAUAAAGUCUUGUAUAUAAAUAGUAAAUCUGGCAUUGGCAUCUGUGGCAUCCCUGUCAUCUGCAAGCCCCUCACCAGCGAUCUACGGACAUUACCCCGGCUGCCAAAAAUAAACACGAGCUGUCUGCGCUCAUAUUAAAGCAGUGAGACAGCAUUUAUAAGAGGCUGUAGUCUUUAAAGCUCUCUAUGAAAUGCUUCCUUCAGUCUAUGAUAAAAAAAAGUAGAGCCCAUGUCCUGAAGUCCAAUGUUAAGAUGACCUGCAGUUUGACUACCACGUUAUUCAUAAUUGCGCAAUAUGAACAUGUGUCAGUGUGACCGAGGAAUGUUUGCACAUUAACACAGAGGAUGAAAAGUGGCCUAACAUGUCCUAAACAGCAGGUCAAAUGCAAAAAUCGAACAAACAUCUAUUUCCAUUUUACUACAGAUACACUGGCAGGAACAAAUGAUUACUGUGGUUAGAUUUUCUAAUAAUAUAAAACUACUCAGAGAUAGUUUGACAUAAACUUAAAGCUAAUCAAGAUUUUUAUAUUCACAAUACAUGAAAUGAUUCUUUAUAGAUGAGAGGUUUCGCUAAUGGUGACAAACAUACAGAUACUAAUUUUUACCAACUCAGCUCUACAGAGCAUUUUAGCAUCUUUCAGCUCCUUGUUUUGGUUUUACAGCCUGUAACUUUAUUGUUUUGAUUCACUCUUCCUGCUCUCAUGGUGUUGUUUUCAGCCACAUUGGGCAGCAGCAUGAUAAAGCUCUAAAAACCUACUAUAGUCUACCUGUCAAGCACCAAACAGAACACAGACACCGUUAGCAGCUAGUAGAUAAACACAGUGGAGCAUUUAGCAGCUAAAGAGACAUACUGUAUAUUUCCUUAAGGAAUCGAUGGAGACCAAAAACAGAGCUAAAAGAGAGUGAAUAUUGAACUAAGAGUGGUCUGUUGAUCAGAAACACAACUCCAAAUGAAUGCAUAUAUUGCUCCUUAUCUGCUGGAUGUGCAAAUAGGCAACUGUUUGUUAAAACGUUCGCACAGCCUGUUCCCAUUUCCAACUCAUCAAAUACUGCCGCUUUGUCAGCGAUAGUGGCAUCAUAUACCAAAGCACAGAGGCACCUUUCGCGGCAGUAUGAUAUGCAGCAAGCACCACCAAACUUGUCACAUGCCACUGCUUUGUCAGUGGAUGCCAGGUGCUGAGGGGGUCAAACAAACUCUUGUGUUUCACCCUGGAGGCUUCUGUUUGUUUCCCUUGUAAUACCAAAUGUCAGUGUAGUUAUUUUGUCAAUAACAAAGUAGUGUGCUAGUAUGUUAAGCAUGUUACAGUAGUGAUGAAUGUCACAUGACAUGUCACGUGACGUUGCAUUACAUAGGUAACAACCAUGAUGUAUUUUUAAGGAAAUAAACCUAAACCUUACCUAUGUUCUAAGUUUAUUUUGAAAAUGCCUGUAUGCAUGUAAGCAUUUGUGCAAGCAGAAAAUUUAGAUGUCCUGUGAAAUCCAAAGUAUAUUUUGAAAAGAACACAAUGAAUGUAACAAGCAUAAAUUGUCAUUCUGACCCAGAGCAUCCAAAACUGACGCAGGAGGGUACAUAGUAUGUAAUAUUUUGACAUUUAAGUCCUCUGACAAAGCAGCAUUAUUUGAUGAGUUGGGAUGAGAACAUGUUGUUUGUAGGGCUGCCACUCACGAUUAUUUUCACUGUCGACUAAUCUUUCGAUUAUUUCUUCGAUUAGUUGACUAAUUAUUUCAUCGAAAAAUGUGUUAAAAUGUUGAAAAAUUUCGGCCUGUCUCGCUCAAACCCCAA